AUGGGCCUUGGAAAGACACUUCAAACGUUGUGUGCUCUGGCGCUAUCACUGGAUAACGAUACGAAUUUGAUAAGCCGCUGUUCCUUGAUUAUUUGCCCACGGACACUCGUGGACCAUUGGUGCAAUGAGUGGCGCCGAUUCUUUCCCGGUAGAGCGCCAGCUCGUCACGUUGAAGGAAUGCCAGUAAAAUGGAAAUCUGCCGAGAUUGUUGUUGCUGCAUACGAGGACCUCAAAGCAAAUUCUUCUCUAGGGCGUAUUGCAUGGAAUUACGUUGUGUUGGAUGAAGGACAUGUCUUGCGAAAUCCUAAGACCGCGAUCUGGAGAGCAGCAAAUGAGUUGAACUCUACCAGUCGAUUGAUACUUUCUGGUACUCCAGUGCAGAAUAGUCCUGCCGAUUUAUGGGCUCUCUUCACUUGGUUGAUGCCUGGCUAUCUGGGAGACGAGCGUCAUUUUCGCUCCCGAUUCCUUCGCAAAAUUCUCAAGUGCCGUAGUCACAGGGCCAAUGAAAAAGAUAUACAGGACGGAUCCGAAGCGAUUUCGCAGCUUCACCGGCUGAUUUUACCAUUCAUCAUGCGGCGGCUCAAAUCUGAGGUGAACUUUAUCGUUUUCUGUAUUCCUUUUCGUCAGUUUUUUACGACAUCUUUGUCACUUCAACAGGUUCUUCGUGAAUUGCCCGACAAGAAUGUGCAAGAUUAUGAGUGUCAGCUGAGCGAAGAACAACGGACUAUUUAUAAAUUCAUUGUUGACAGGUGUACUGCUAAUCGCACUCAAUUGGCUGCUCGACGAGGUAUUUCCCCACUUCAUGCACUAAUGGCUCUUCGGCAACUAGUUGACCAUCCUUUGCUGAUACAAGAUGUUCUGAUGAAAUUAGCUGCCCCGGAGGAAAUUAUGAAACUGGUUCCCAAUGCAUCAUCGGGCAAAAUCGCGGCUCUAGGUCAACUGUUGAGUGAAUGUGGUAUUGGAGUUACUAUUGAGGAAAAAGAUCCCGAAGACGAAAGUUGGUGUAACAUUUUGUAUUUGUUGCGAUUGUCUUCUUUUCCGUAUGAUAUUCACUUUUAUAGACCCACUUUCGUCUAUACCUGUGGAAUUGCCCCACAGAGCUCUGAUAUUCUGUCAGUGGAAGUCUUCUGUACAGUUGGUAUCAAAUGCUUUAACGAGGUUCCCAAUGCAUCAUCGGGCAAAAUCGCGGCUCUAGGUCAACUGUUGAGUGAAUGUGGUAUUGGAGUUACUAUUGAGGAAAAAGAUCCCGAAGACGAAAACCCACUUUCGUCUAUACCUGUGGAAUUGCCUCAUAGAGCUCUGAUAUUCUGUCAGUGGAAGUCUUCUGUACAGUUGGUAUCAAAUGCUUUAACAAGAGGGGACUUCGGUGCUCCAAUAUCUCAUUUGGUUCUUGAUGGCUCGGUUCCUCCGUCGGAUCGUCAAUCAAUAGUUGAUCGAUUCAACACGGAUCACCUAAUUGACGUUCUCGUGUGUACUGCUAAUCGCACUCAAUUGGCUGCUCGACGAGGUAUUUCCCCACUUCAUGCACUAAUGGCUCUUCGGCAACUAGUUGACCAUCCUUUGCUGAUACAAGAUGUUCUGAUGAAAUUAGCUGCCCCGGAGGAAAUUAUGAAACUGGUUCCCAAUGCAUCAUCGGGCAAAAUCGCGGCUCUAGGUCAACUGUUGAGUGAAUGUGGUAUUGGAGUUACUAUUGAGGAAAAAGAUCCCGAAGACGAAAACCCACUUUCGUCUAUACCUGUGGAAUUGCCCCACAGAGCUCUGAUAUUCUGUCAGUGGAAGUCUUCUGUACAGUUGGUAUCAAAUGCUUUAACGAGAGGCGACUUCGGUGCUCCAAUAUCUCAUUUGGUUCUUGAUGGCUCG